CUGGUGAGUUCACAGGUGUGUGAUGCUAAGAUGUUCCAGGAGAGGGAUCGGCACAUGAAGGAAACCAAGGCAGUAGAAGGCAAUGUUUGCGGAUGCGACCUGAACUACAACACAGGCAAAGUAAAAGCAUGUUUCAAAGGAAUGACCCCCGUCUCUCGGGAUAGCCGUGUUUUAUCUUCACGACAGCUAUGUCACUCAGCCUUCUCCGCAGUGACCCCUGCGCCACCAACCAUGCUGGGAAAUAACGAGCGCUUUUAUCCCGGUCAGGAUGACAAAGACGGGGAGGAUGAGGAGGAGGAUGAGGAGCAGGGCAGAGAAACCCGCAAAAGGGAAAGUGGACGCCACAUCGAGAACGGAGAGUUAGACGGUCCGGGUGAGAAGGAGAUGACGGGAGGAAGACAAUCCUGGGAAGGCAAAGUCGGCGACGUGGCCAAACCGGCAGCCAUUGUUGUCGGUAGGCAGACAGCAGACCGGCCCGGCAGGUCAGGCAACCUGGGAAACCGGGGGAUCACUUAUACGUCCAAUCAAGCCACCCUCCAUCACCAAACAGCCAAUAAGACGCAGCAUCGCGGCACGGGGGCCAAUCAGCAUCGCGCAGGCUUGAAUGCGGCUCACAAGAGAAGAGUUCUGAUGGAGCGCAGCAUGACCACCAUGGCGCCGACGGAGGAUACCUUCCUGACCAUGAUGGUGUUCCGCAUCGGGAUUCCGGACAUCAAGCAAACAAGGUGUGUCCAGUUUGACCAGGACUGCACGGUGUGGAACGCAAAGCAGCAGAUCAUCGGCUCCCUCACCGAGACCUUGUGGGACGUCUACAACUAUGGCCUCUUCCAGCCGGCGGGGGAAGGCCGGGAUGCCAAAUUCUUGGAGGAGGAGAGGACCUUGCAGGAAUACUCGCAGUCCUUUGAGAAAGGGGUGCCUUACCUGGAGUUUCGAUACAAAACCAGAGUGUAUAAGCAGACAAAUCUGGACGAAAAGGCGCUUUCCAAGCUUUGCGCAAAGGCCAGUCUGAAGAAGUUCAUGGAUUACGUUCAGACUGGAGCACUAGAGAAAAUGCUUAAAGUCCUCGAGAAGGGUCUCGAUCCAAAUUUUCACGACCCAGACAGCGGAGAGACCCCCCUGACUGUGGCGGCGCAGUCGGGUCUGGCGGUGGAGGGCAUCAGGGCUCUGGUUCAGGGUGGAGCUCAUUUGGACUUUAGAAGCAGAGAUGGCCUGACUGCGAUGCACAAAGCAGUCAGGGUCCACAACCAUACCGGGCUGCUGGCCCUCUUGUCGUUGGGAAGCUCACCUAACUACAAAGACCGCUGUGGGCUGACCCCGCUGUACCACACCGUCCUGACAGGGGGCGACACCUCCUGCUGCGAGACUCUGCUUUAUUACCGGGCCAAGUUGGGGACCAGAGAUGAGAACGGUUGGGAGGAGUCCCAUCAGCACAGGGAUGAAGAGGAGUUUGGAAUGGAAGAAACACAUAAGGCUUGCCAGAACGGUUUUGCCCAACACUUGGAGCAUCUGCUGUUUUAUGGGGCUGAUGCCUCCUCUCAGAAUGCCUCAGGGAAUACCGCACUUCACAUUUCUGCCCUGUACAACAAAGAAAGCUGUGUCCGGGUUCUUUUGUACAGGGGAGCAAAUAGGGAGGCAAAGAACAAACAUGGUCAGACCCCUUUUCAGCUGGCUGUCAUGUCUGGUCACUUUGAACUCGGGGAAAUCAUCAAAAACCACAAAGAUUCAGACAUCGUUCCCUUUUUGGAGUCACCAAAAUAUGUCCCCAAGCGAAAAGAAAGUGCCCAUACGUUGCCUCUCCCCUCACUCCAGCCCCACCCCUUACUGCGAGCUAACAGCGACAACACCAUGACGCAUUCUGAUCCUGUGGUUAUUCCCAACAAGGCCGCAACCGCUCCCAACCCAUCUCAGGGCCACCGCAGGGCUUCCAUCGGCUUGCGAAGUACGAGCAGCCCCAGAAAUCGCACUCGUUCGCCAUCACGAGGAAGAGGAGGCCAGAGUGACACCGAGGAGAGGCACCGGCAGCCGCGAGGCAGGCAGGGAGUGACCCCUGUAGCCGGCGGAGGAGGUCAAAUGAAGCGACUGUAUAGCGCAGUACCAGGGCGAAUCUACGUAGCUACUCGGGCGCACUCUGCGAGUGGAGAGAGACAGCUGUCGCUCAAAAAAGGGGACAAAGUUAAAGUGCUAAGUGUCGGCGAGGGGGGAUACUGGGAAGGAACGGCCAAGGGCCGCACUGGGUGGUUCCCCUCAGACUGUGUGGAGGAAGUGGCACCUGUCAACAAGGACAAUCGACCAGAGACGCGGAGCGGGAAAGCCAAGAGGAAGCUUUUCCGUAACGUGACGGUCGGCGCCUACGACGGCACCGACGGGCCCAGUGACUACAUCAUUAAGGAGAAGACAGCUGUCCUACAGAAGAAAGACAAUGAGGGAUUUGGUUUCGUCCUUAGGGGAGCCAAAGCUCAGACUCCUAUAGAGGAAUUCACUCCGACGCCAGCGUUCCCAGCGCUGCAGUACCUGGAAUCCGUCGAUGAGGGGGGCGUGGCGUGGAGGGCCGGCCUUAGGAUGGGGGAUUUCCUCAUCGAGGUGAAUGGCCAGAAUGUGGUGAAGGUAGGACACCGGCAGGUUGUCAACAUGAUCCGACAGGGUGGCAACAUUCUAAUGGUGAAAGUUGUCAUGGUUGCUAGAAACCCCGAGCUGGAGGACACUGCUCGAAAGAAAGCCCCGCAGCAGACGAAAAGGCUGACCCCUCCCGCCAUUGCCCUGCGCUCCAAGUCAAUGACAUCAGAGCUGGAAGACAUGGUGGAGAAAGCUGCCUCUCCAUGGAAAAAGAAAGCAGACUACGAUUCCUCUCAGGGUCCUGAUAAGAAGAGGACAGUCUAUCAGAUGGCACUGAAUAAACUGGAUGAAAUCUUGGCUGCUGCCCAGCACACGAUUACAUCAGACAACCAAGGCCAGAGAGGUCACGGAGGCAAGAGGGACCGGAGCAAGAGUAUCGUUCCCAAUGUUUCCAAUGAGCCAACGUUCGAGCUGCAGUCCACAGCAAAUCCCAGACCAGGUUUUACUUACAACCAUGCCCACUUUCAACCAGCGCAGCAUGCAGUCAUGAUGCGUCAGAAAUCCAUUGGUAUAACUGAAGAGGAGAGGCAGUACCUUCAUCCACCGGCGAUGAAGUUGGCUCGUAGCUUGUCAGUGCCAGGACCGGAAGAAAUCCCCCCACCCCCGAAUACUUCGGCACCUGAGCCACCAUUAUCUGCCGGCCCUCAUCCUGGGAGGGGUCCUGCCAUGCCCAUCCCUCCUGUCUCUGAAGCCCACUUCCAGCUGCAGUCCCAACCAGGCCAUCCUAAUCAGUCAGGCUGGGAAAGAGGAGGCGGGCCGAACCAGCAGGUUAUGGUCACCACGCUCCGCAGACAAUCAGAAGGGCUGUGCGCCAGGGAGCAAGAGGCACCCAGGCGAGGUGGCGGCAAGAUGGGGGGCUUGAGAAGAGGCUACAGUAGCGCUACACCACCAACAAGCGCCAAACCUAAAACCCUACAAAAUGUGCCACAUCAUUCACACGGAGCCGCUAAGGAGCAAAGCGGCGGGACCGGCAGGGGUGCGGCACGGAGGGGAGGUCGGGGCGCUCUGACUAAACAGUCGAAAGUUGAGGAGGGACAGCGACAGCACCGUGGGAAAGGCGGCGCAGCCAAAGAGAAGACGUCCAUCCCCAUCCCAACCAUCAUUAUCAAAGCGCCCUCCACCAGCAGCAGCGGUCGAAGCAGCCAGGGUAGCAGCAUGGAAGCCGAAGUCUCGCAGGAUGCAGAGGACCGCACCUCCCCUCAACCAUCUCUGGACAGCCCCAAUUCCACUCUCCCGUCACCUCUCACCUCUACGCCACCUCAGCCGCCGACGUUCACCUCCUUGCCUCAAUCAACCGUCGCUCCUCCCCUUUCUUUGAAGCAAAACCUGGAGAACGUAGACUACUCGUCAGCGUCUGGUACGACUUUUGGAGGCGGAGGCGCACGCAGGGAGAGGGAACGUUUCCGUGACAUGAGAAGAAAAAGUGCUUCUUUCUUCCUCUCAUCUGAGGAGGACAUGCAGGGGGAGGUGGGAGGCGGUGUUGGCGAAGGCGGGGAACCACUAAAUGCAAGGAUUCAGCCAUUACAGAGCUCACACAUGGAAGUACCAACUCCUCGACUGCGGCCCUCCAAGUCCAUUGAUGAGGGCAUGUUUUCUGGGGACAAUUAUGUCCACUACUCCAGCAGCAUGCCUCCAGCCUUUGGCCUGCCUGAGUAUUCUUCUCCCGUCCUCAAUCAGGACGGACAACCCAAGUCAGCGCCGUCCACGUAUGGCUCCCAGCCAGCCACCACUUUCAUCCACCCACUCACCGGCAAGGUUCUGGAUCCCUCAUCGCCACUCGGACUCGCACUCGCCGCGAGGGAAAGGGCCCUCAAGGAUGACCGCAGGACUCGCCGAGAGGAGAGACACUUUGGUCGACAGCUGUCCACAGUGGGAGCGUUUACCACCCCCACUCAGACUCCAACACCCUCCCUUUUCGCAACCCCGACGCAAUCGACUUACACGUCCCCUGUUUCCCUUCACUUGACCUCCCCCACCAAUACCGCCAGCACCUCGCCUGCUUCCCAAAGUCGGCCUCAGUCACCCAGGAUCUUACGCGUGGGGGGAGGAGGAGAGAAGAUGGAGCGAGAAAAGGACCCGGGGCAUCGAGAAGGCCUGAGAGUUCGCUUCUCAGAGGACAGAAACAGCCAAUAUUCCAGCCAGUAUUACUCCCCAAACAGCAGGGAGAGAGAAAAAGAGGCUCCUGAUAGCAGACCCGUUCCACCCGUGCAGCCUCCGCCACCCCCGUCUCAGCCCGCCCCGCGCAGGCCAUCCUUCCUGCAGAUGGAAAACAGUCCGAACACCAACUACAUCCCUCAGUACUCGGUCCCGACAGCGCCCGAUGCGAUGGCAGAGACCAAAGGGGAAAAUCUGGGAAUGAUGCAUCUGCCUCCCCCGGCUCCCUCAAUAGAUGUGGAUGAGGAGUUUGUCUUUGCAGACCCUUUGCCACCUCCGUUACAGUUUGCCAAUGGCAAGAAUGGAAGAGUGAAGGACUACUACCCGAACGCGAGUCAACGAGCCGCCGCUCCGCCGCCGCCUCCUCUCCCGCCUCCCAAGACCCCGAGCGUUCCUCAAAGCUCUUCGCAGGGCGGGGACUCCGCCACCUCCAGCCUUACCUCCUACGACAGUGAGGUGGCCACCCUGACGCAGUCCGCUCUCUCGCCGUCUUUACCUUCCCCAGCUCUGCCUGCCACGAACCUACACAGACCCCACCCCAUGUCCCUUUCUCACUCGUAUUACAGUGGCUCCAACGAGCCGUCGGCGGGGCGUGACGCCACAGCUCACGACAGAGGCACAGCCGCCCUCACCACGACCAUGACGUACGCCACCACGACCAUGACGGCCAGCGCGGCCGCCACGACCUCGACAGUCUCCGACUACGGCAUGACUGUGGGAGGAACCACGGCCGGCUUCGGCCCGGGGGCCAGAGCUGCGAACCAUAUUCAUCACCAUGCUCAUGUCCCCAAGGGUGGAGAAUGGCAGGAUGCAGUGGUGGAUUCUGGGAUUGAAGAGCUGGACAGUCACAGCAGCAGUGACCACCAUAUCGAAAUGUUGGGAUUGACUGGGCUCAGAGGAGACAGGAGUGGCUUCGGAGGAGAUGUAGCAGGCGGCGAGGGUCGAAAAGGGGCCGUGCUGCAGGACCCUUCUCCAGCCUACCCCGGCGGACAAAUGUUUGAGGUACAGAAUACCAAAUUGGCGAACCCUCCGUUUGCAAAGACGACUCAUUAUAAGGAGGGAACCGGGAAGGUCCUGCCUGUUGCACUACGCAGGCAAAACAGCACCAACCCCGCUCCUCUACAACUGCAGAGACAAAACAUCCCAGGCAAUAUCAGACUAGAUGGGGCCCUACCUGACGAAAGAAAACUUUUGCAGUCUCGGCCCAAAAUGGAGGAUGACUUUAGCGCAACAUUGGCGGCCUGCUUGGACAGGCCUAUUGACGCUCGGUCGGCAGGCUGGGGCGAGGUUGGGGAACACGAGCAGCUCCAGAGAUCCGGCGUGGCGUUGGACGCGCGCAGGCUCCAUUCACCUCUCUCGGGGGUCAAGGCCAGCAUCAUCAAUGAGCUGAGCUCCAAACUUCACCAAAUGAGUAGCAUGAGGAGCAUGGACGACUGGAGCCAAACCCCCAAAUCUCCCACCAUGCACAGGUAUUCAGCAGAUUUCAGCGACGCGUUUCACAGCCCGCCUACCGGCCGCUCCACCUCCCCCUUGCCCACUUGCUCACCUCAACACCAUGCGGUACUCCCGCCCAAUCUGUCAGCCACCCCCUCCGUCUCCCCUUCCCCGCAGGUAACGGGGCAACGCACCUGGACCCGUUCCCCUUCUCCGCAGAUGCCCACCUCCCCGGUUCACUCGCACUCUCCCCAUUCGCCGACCUUCUGCCCGUACCCGACGUCGCCCAAGCAUCGGUCCAAAAUGCGGCGGCAGACUUUCGAUUUCCAGUGCAGUCCCACGAAGGAGAUGCGAUCUGCCGUUUCUCGACGCCGCGCCCCCAGUCCUCUGAUCUAUAACGCCGAACAGCCCAACUCCGCCCCUCCUCGGCCGUCCUCCCUGCCCAUCCUUCCCAGUACUCCCGUCUACAGCAACCCCUUUGAAUUCCCAGGCCCCCUCACCCCUCCUUCUCCCGGCCUCCCUCUCGGCGACACCUACGCGGCCGCAACGCCGCCGCUUUUCUCCCCAUCAGGCGCGCCGAGUCCGAACCCAUUGCUGGUCUCCCACUCUCUCUCCCCCACGCAUUACCUCUCCGGAGCCUCCUCCCCGUUGCACUUGCCCCCGAGCCCGUCCUGCCUCAACUUCCCCCACCUCACCCCGCCCCCGCCGACCAAACCCUUCGCUCUCAAACCUCUGCCCUACUGGACCAAGUACGACGUGGCCGACUGGUUGGCUUACCUGAACCUGGGCGAACACAUAGAGCGGUUUAUUGAUAACGAGAUCGACGGAUCUCAUUUGCCUUCGCUUACCAAGGAUGAUUUCUUGGACUUGGGCGUGACACGCGUGGGCCAUCGAAUGAACAUCGAGAGGGCGCUGAAGAAACUCGCUGACAGGUGAGGGAGGACUGAAACGCAGCAGGGUCAUAGAUCACAAAGGAAGGUGAGCGUCCUUCCGGAAAAAGCCGCGUCCUCAUUUUUCUUGAUCAAACGCAUCCGGUUUGUCAUUUGAAGUGAUCGUUCCUCAACCCAUGCAAGAUGACUUGAGUUUCCCUUUGCCAUUGAUUUGCCCUCCUUCUCUCCCCAGGCCUUUGCAUGUCGCUACUUCCCCCAGGGACACAGACUGAGAGUGGUGGGGUGAUUGUGAGGUGACGAAAAAAAAUGUGUGAGAAGCGCAUGACUUGGCAAGGGAAC